ACAAGACACAAUGUGAAGAUGAUCGUGUUAUGGAUUACACUGCUUUGUCUUCAUCCAGUAUAUACGCUGCUUCCAGUGAAAACAGUUCAUCUUGGUGAACCAGCCACAUUUACAUGUGUUAUACCAAACGUAGAAAUCAGCAAUAGAGGAAUCCACUGGUACAAGCAGAGUGUUGGAGAUUCUCUCAAUAUAAUUGUAACAUUGUUUAAAUCUGGAACAGAGUACGCACCAAACAUUUCAAAAUCAAGAUUUGACUUACGUAGUGAUGACAGUUUUAGUAACCUGACCAUUUUGAGCACAGUUGAAGAGGAUGAAGGAAUGUACCACUGUGGAGUCACAGAGUGGAUAAAGACUAAAUGGAGUGGGACAUAUUUGUUAGUAGAAGGAAACACUGAGAGGACUGUUGUUCAGACAGUAUCAUAUCCAGUCCGUCCAGGAGACUCAGUGACUCUCCAGUGUUCAGUCCUCUCUGACUCUGAGGACAAGACGUGUCCAGGAGAUCUCAGUGUGUUCUGGUUCAGAGCUGGAUCACAGACAUCUCACCCAAACAUCAUCUACACGGAUGGAGAUAUGAGUAAUAAAUGUGAGAAGAGAUCUGAGGCUCAGAAGAGAUGUGUCUACAGCUUCUCUAAGAACGUCAGCUCCUCUGAUGCUGGGACUUACUACUGUGCUGUGGCCACAUGUGGAGAGAUAUUAUUUGGAAAUGGAACUAAACUGGAGACUGGUAGGAUUUUAGGUUUAGUACUGGGAGUGAUGUACAAAAUUCUAAGUUUCAUGUAAUCAUAAAAUAUAUUUUAUGUUUUUUUUCUUCUGUUUUUAGAUCAAACAGCAAGUUCUGUGAUAGUUAUUGUGUUGGUGGUAGCAAUCAUCUGCUUGGCCAUUUCUAUGAUUAUAAAUCUAAUUUUCAUCUGUUGUGGAACUCAGAAAGGACUAUGUGGACAAC